CUGGAAGUUACACACCCAGCACUGUGUUUGAUUUGUUGGAUUGCCUUGUGAGACGAUGGAUUUAGCUGGUUAACAACUGCAUUAGCAAGCCACACCGAGUUUCUGAUCGCAGAUCCAGCAAGUGGGAGAUAGUCCUGCAAAAUGUGAUCAUUGCACCUCGCCAGGUACCCAUCGGGGUAACACAGGAUAAUCCAUUUGGAAUGUUCACAAAGAAUGGAGAGCCAGCUACAAGUGCUGUUAUUGUCCAGAUGAGUCAUGUGUAAAUAGAAGGCCAUCACAAUAUCUACUAAGCUCUGCAUAUAACAAGACUUUUCACAAAAAUAAUUCAACAUGGCGAAGACGACCAGAAAGCAAAAUUAGAAAAUUCCAGUGGCAGAGGAAGAUGAAUCUUACCAAUUGCACAACAGAAUCCAUCACAAGCAAAUCAAAAACAGUCACUGAAAAAAUGCUUAUUUCAUUAACUUUGGCAGUCAUAACUAUACUAACUACAUUAUUAAACUCUGCCGUUAUUCUUGCAAUUUGCACUACCAAGAAAUUACAUCAGCCAGCAAACUACUUAAUAUGCUCAUUGGCUGUUACUGAUUUUCUUGUUGCCAUUUUAGUGAUGCCUUUAAGCAUUGCGUACAUAGUUAUGGAUACAUGGACCCUUGGCUAUGUCAUAUGUGAGAUAUGGCUGAGUAUUGACAUGACAUGCUGCACUUGCUCAAUACUCCAUCUAUGUGUCAUUGCACUAGACCGAUACUGGGCCAUCACUGAUGCUAUUGAAUACGCCAGGAAACGAACAGCCAGACGAGCUGGAAUAAUGAUAUUAACAGUGUGGACAAUUUCUAUUUUUAUUUCCCUUCCACCCUUGUUUUGGAGAAAUCAUCACAACAUAAGUACCCCAAGUAGAUGUAUAAUUCAACAUGACCAUGUAAUUUACACAAUAUAUUCCACUUUUGGUGCAUUUUAUAUCCCCUUGACUUUAAUACUCAUUUUGUACUAUAGAAUUUACCAUGCUGCAAAGAGCCUUUACCAAAAGAGAGGCUCAAGCCGACACUUGAGUAAUCGGAGCAACGAUAGUCAAAACUCGUUCGCCCAUUGCAAACUCACACAGACGUUCUGUGUGUCUGAUUUUUCCACAUCAGAUCCCACAAUGGAAUUUGAGAAGAUUAACACAUAUGCGAGAACACCACCCUAUGAUAAUGACAUAGAGUUGGUUGGGGAUCGGCAACAACAAAUAUCCAGUACGAGAGAAAGGAAGGCAGCUCGCAUACUUGGACUUAUUUUAGGUGCUUUUAUGAUAAGCUGGUUACCCUUUUUUAUCAAGGAACUUGUUGUAGGGCUUAGCCUCUGCACUGUAUCCCCACAAGUGGCAGACUUUUUAACCUGGCUAGGCUAUGUCAAUUCUCUUAUUAACCCUCUUCUUUAUACAAGCUUCAAUGAUGAUUUUAAGUUAGCCUUUAAAAAACUUAUCCGAUGCAAAGAGCACUCUUAAAACACACAAGUAUUCAAGCACAAAGUAUGACUGACUUAUAGGCCUUAAUGAUGAAAACUAAAUAAAAUGCAAGAUUGCCUUUUUGGUAAGGGGAACAGUAAUUCAACAUUUUUAUUUUCUUUUGCUUGUUGUUGAUCUUUAUGUCUUGUUAUGUAAUGCAGUCUUCUACCUCCGUUGUUUAAAA